AUGGCUUCCAAACUCUUGAAAAUCAUCUCCAUCUUCUUCCUCUUGAUUUCCAUGUUCACAGUACAAGUUCUCUCGGUAGUGGAAGAGUGCGGUGAGGAAGAAGAAAACGGCUGCGUGGACAAGAAGAAAGCCUUGCCACUCAAAAUUAUAGCCAUUGUAUCCAUUCUUGUCACGAGCAUGAUUGGAGUGAGCUUACCCCUCGUAACGCGCUCAAUUCCGGUCCUCAGUCCGGAAGGAAACCUUUUUGUGAUUGUUAAGUGUUUCGCCGGAGGUAUCAUUUUGGGUACUGGGUUCAUGCAUGUUUUACCAGAUUCAUUCGACAUGUUGUCGUCCAGCUGCUUGAAGGAAAAUCCAUGGCACAAGUUCCCUUUCACCGGAUUUGUUGCCAUGUUGUCUGCCAUAAUUACAUUGAUGAUAGACUCAAUGGCAACCAGUAUAUACACUAGGAAAAACAAAAAUGAAGUUCUUCCUGAGUCUCAAGGUGAUCAAGAGAUGGCUGUAGUGCAUACUGGGCAUUCUCAUGGUCACCAUCACUAUGGAUCCAAACUUGAUGUUGAGGGCUCACAACUUCUCCGUUAUCGAGUAAUUGCCAUGGUUUUGGAGUUGGGAAUCAUUGUCCAUUCAGUUGUGAUAGGGCUUUCUCUUGGAGCCUCGAACAACACUUGCACAAUCAAAGGACUUGUAGCUGCACUUUGUUUCCACCAAAUGUUUGAAGGAAUGGGACUUGGUGGUUGCAUUCUGCAGGCUGAGUAUAAGUUUAUGAAGAAGGCUAUAAUGGCCUUCUUCUUCUCAGUAACAACCCCAUCUGGAAUUGCGAUUGGCAUGGCACUAUCGACCACUUACAGAGAAAAUAGCCCUCAUGCUUUGAUUACUGUUGGCUUACUUAAUGCCUCGUCGGCUGGCCUUCUGGUUUAUAUGGCUUUGGUGGAUCUUCUUGCUGCUGAUUUCAUGGGAAAAAAAUUGCAAGGUAGCAUCAAGUUACAAAUCAAAUCUUAUAUGGCUGUUCUAUUGGGUGCUGGUGGGAUGUCUCUCAUGGCGAAAUGGGCUUAG